AAGAAGAAAAAAAUUAACCGACGCGAGCUCGAGCGACCAACCCAGCACCCUCACGACCUUCGGUAUCUCCCUCGUGAUCUUCGUCCUCCCGGCGGUACGAUCCCCGACCGAUCACACUCACGCCGACGGAUCUUUCUGCGGCGGCGUAACCCCGACCCACGGCAGCCAGAUAUGCAGCGGUAACUUCCUUCCGGUCAUAAACCAGCACAAACCGAAGCAAUUUAAGCGAUAUUCAUUGUUAGUAUUGUUUACUGAAAUGCAAUGCAAGCUGCAAGGGUCUCUGCUAAAUUGACUCGACGAGGUUUGUCUUGUUGCCAUGCAUAUAAUCCAACCAUGGACACUUCAGGCCGAUUUCUUGUUUCAACUUCUUCGCAUGUGGGAGUCAACUUCUUCAAAAGACUUCCGAUGAAUAGCACAGAACGAGAAGUUGAUGAUUGCUGUCAACAGGAUGGAAGAGAUGCAGCCCCUUUGAGAGAAAAUAGCAGGAGAUUGUCCCAGAGUGAUAUUCUAAAAUGGGUAGUUCCUAGUACGAGAUGUAAAUAUAGAGAGUCGAGUAAUAUUCAUGACACCUGGCAUUUAUCGAAUUGUCAAAUGUCCACGAUGACCUCAACAAAGUAUUUAUGCAAUAUUCCACAGUUCGUGAAGAUUGUUGAAGUUGGUCCAAGAGACGGACUACAAAAUGAAAAGCACAUUAUACCAACUUCUGUUAAGGUUGAAUUGAUAAAGAUGCUAGUCUCUUCUGGGUUGCCUAUUGUUGAAGCCACGAGUUUUGUCUCUCCAAAAUGGGUACCGCAGUUAGCAGAUGCAAAAGAUGUUAUGGGGGGAAUUAAAAAUGUUGAAGGUGCUCGAUUUCCUGUGUUAACUCCAAAUAUUAAAGGUUUUGAAGCAGCUGUUUCAGCUGGAGCAAAGGAAGUUGCCAUCUUUGCUUCAGCUUCCGAAUCCUUCUCAAAGUCAAACAUAAAUUGCAGCAUAGAAGAAAGUCUACGCCGUUACCAUGAAGUUGCUGUUGCUGCAAGAAAACACGCCCUUCCAGUUCGUGGAUAUGUAUCAUGUGUUGUGGGCUGUCCCAUUGAAGGAAUGGUGCCCCCAUCAAAUGUAGCAUACGUUGCUAGGGAGCUUUACAGAAUGGGAUGCUCUGAAAUUUCCCUUGGCGAUACAAUUGGAGUUGGUACUCCAGGAACUGUUAUUCCAAUGCUUGAAUCUGUAGUUGACGUUGUUCCAAUUGGAAAUCUUGCUGUUCAUUUCCAUGACACUUAUGGGCAAGCUUUGUCCAAUAUCUUAGUCUCGCUUCAGAUGGGGAUCAGCACCGUGGAUUCUUCAGUUUCUGGUCUUGGAGGUUGUCCUUAUGCUAAAGGUGCUUCUGGAAAUGUUGCGACUGAAGAUGUUGUGUAUAUGCUGAAUGGAAUUGGGGUGAAGACCAAUGUAGAUCUUGAAAAGCUCAUGUUGGCUGGGGAUUUCAUCUGCAACCACUUGGGGCGUCCUUCUGGUUCAAAAGCAGCAAUUGCACUGCGAAAAGUUGCAGCAAAUGCCUCCAACUCCAAUAAAUUACCAGCUACUGCAUCCAAAUUAUGAGAAUUUAGUGUUUCAGCGAUGUGCGGACCCGAUGCCGAAUGCACAUAUGAAGAAAUAAUGGAGUCAGUUUCAGUUGUGGCUCAAAUCAAUAAUGUUUGCAGGACUUAAAAGUCUGCAGCUGUCUCCCGUACGCAUCUUCCGGGCUACAGAAAGAUUUGUUUUUUUAGUACUUAACAUGUGGGGUGGGAAAAGAAUCUGAAGUUUGUAAGUUUGCUUCAGUCUUUUUUAAGAGCUCUAUUUCAGAAAAUACAGGAAAAUGGUACCCAACAAAAUGACGCAUGUCUAUAUAAGAGAAUAGUUGAGCAAGUAUUU